AAGUAACGUUUAUCCCGGCCAGGCCAAACCUUCAGUUGGACCGACUCGCACUUGCGCACUUAAAAAAAAAAAAAGAAAAAAAAAAGAUGCUGAAUAUGGUUUGAGACGCAGGAGCCUCCUUUUCUGGUGGUCACUGCUAAUUAGCCUGUCAGUCAGCUUUUGUCCCGAGCUAAGUGUUUGUUGAUAAGAAAAAAGGCCGAGUAAACAGGAUAUCUGAGUUUAGGUUAUGUCCAGUAGCUUGCGUGCUACUUAAUUUUUUUUAAUAUCUAUAUAAACAAAGCCAAGAGUAUACUAUAUGUACAUUUUGUGUCAUUUUAGCGAGGGAAAACCUUGAAACCUGUGGGCGUUUUAUUGCGUAAUUUUGUAAUUAUAAGUAUGUUCAAGUGUCUACAUGUAACUGUGAAGACCGAGCAACAAGACGAGGUAACAACCAUUUGACUGUCGUGCGUGCUUCAAGUGCACAGUGGGAAUCCAUAAUGCUGUCGGUAAACCUAGCUUGUAUGUCCGGGAUCGUGAUCAGUAUACCGCGGAUGUAUGUUUACAGAUCAGUUAAGGUUAGUGAUGCCCUCACACACACCCCUUCUUGUCAGGGCAGGUUAAACAGAUCUCUCCAAACGCUGCUGGCUCGUCUCUGCCUUGUCCCGAAGAGAGCAGCAGCAGCUCGGUGUUUGUCUUUUUGGUUGGUGACAGCGCAGGAACAUGUGGUCGUGCAGCGGCCAAUGCCGAGCUCAGAGCAGGCGAUCAGCUCUGUCGGACUAGCAGUAGCAGCAGUGCUGGAGAGGAACUCUGCCGACGUCCCCUGCAGGAAGAAAACCCCCCUAAAAGAGAGAGAGAGGGGGAGAGAGAGAGAGAGAGGGAUUUGGUUACAGAGCGGAGGAUGAGGAUGCAGAGGGAAGGGGAUGUUGCAGAGGAGUCUGCAAGGAGGCAAAAACAAACAGCAGGACGGGCUGCUGUGUGAUCCUGGUCUCAAGAUGUAGGAGCCGCAUCAGAAGAGCCCUCUGUCAGAGUGUGUGUGAACGCACCAUAACAUCAGGGGACUUGUGUUUCAAGGAUAGUGAAGGUGGAGAGGCGCAACCCGAGAAGUCCCCCCUCCACCUCCACAGAGCAUGACAAAUUAGUCCUUAUUCAGCAAGGAGCGAGAGCAUCACCCUGAGGAUCAGAUGUUGUCCACGGCUCAGCAGAUGCUGCAGGAUAGCCGCUCCAAGAUCGAGCUGAUCCGACUGCAGAUUAUCAAAGUCACCCAGGCUGGCAGCAGCAGCGGCAGCGGAGGUAUUGGCGGUGAUGGUGGCUGCAACCUGGACAGAGCUACAUGUGGAGGGAUCUCUCCAGUCGCUGUCUGUCCUGUGGAUGCUCGUUUGGCAGAGCUCGAGCACUACAUGCAGAGAGAGACAGAUGCAUUGGUUCUGGCCAAAGAUGUGGUGAAACAGCUGGAGGGAAUCUCUUCGCUGGACCAGAAGGCUCUGGCGGAGGCUCAGUCCCGGGUGCAGGAGUCCUCCCAGAAGCUGGAUCUUCUGCGGCUGUCCCUGGAGAAAUGCCUGAAAGAAAACAACCAGGAGCCUCUACAGCAGCCUGAUGGGGGGGUCGACCAUUCAGAGGGACCCCCGUCUCCAGAAAGCUCCAGACCCGGAUGUCCCCUGUCCACCUCCCCUUCCAUAUUCUCUAUCAGACCGGCCUCCUUGACUGGCAAACUUGAAGUCAGCCUUCUGGGAUGUGAGGAUUUACUGAAACCUUCGACAAAACCAGAGCAGGAUAACCAUCUGAGUACCGGACCAUCAGCUGAGGUCAGUGCGGUGCUCAGGCUGGACACCAGAGUGGUCGACCGGACACGCUGGGCAGCCAUCAGCAGGCUGAGCUGGGAUCAGACGUUCUGCAUCCAGCUGGAGCGGUCUCGAGAGCUGGAGGUCAGUGUCUUCUGGCGGGACCAGAGGGCAAUGUGUGCGCUCAAGAUUCUGCGACUGGAGGAGAUGAUGGACAAGCCAAACCACAACCAGGAGCUCAGUCUGGAGCCACAGGGCAUCCUCCACGCCAAGCUGCGAUUCAUUGAAACUGUUGUUGAGCGGCAGCCGAAACUGAGACGUCAGCGAUGCAUCUUCACUAAAGAGAGGGGGAAGAACUUUCUCAGAGCGGCCCAGAUGAACAUGAAUUUUGCCACAUGGGGUCAUCUGAUGAUGAGCAUCCUCCCUCGCUACAGCUCCUUCACCACGUUCAGCUCGACCCUCUCUAUGAACCCCGACCUUGUGGCCAACAACACCCCACGUCCAACUGAGAAGGAGCCUCAGACCAACACUCCACUGCCAAGCGAAGCUCCAGAAAUCAGACUCAGCAUCACUGAUGAUGAUCAGCCCUCCCCUACCAGCCUCGACCAGGGAGAGAACACCUCCACCAUCAUCCCCACAGCACACAAAACCUUAUCUGUGCCUGCACUGCAAGAAAAACUGUCAUCCAUAAACAACACAGGAGGGAGUGAAGAUCAGCCUGUGUCUGCUCUAAAGAUGCAGAUGGACGACUACAAAUAUAUUUCAGUUCUGGGCAGAGGACACUUUGGGAAGGUCCUGCUGGCAGAGUUUAAGAAGACAGGAAAACUGUACGCCAUCAAAGCCUUGAAGAAAAAAGACAUUGUGACUCGGGAUGAGGUGGACAGCCUUAUGAGCGAGAAGAGGAUCUUUGAGAUGAUUAACGCAUCUAGACAUCCAUUUCUGGUGAACCUCCACGGCUGCUUCCAGACCAGCGACCAUGUCUGUUUCGUCAUGGAGUAUUUACCGGGCGGUGACCUCAUGAUCCACAUACACAACAACGUCUUCACUGAAGCCCAGACCAGGUUUUACUCAGCGUGUGUCCUGCUGGGUUUAGAGUUCCUGCAUCUGAAUAAAAUCAUCUAUCGAGAUCUGAAGCUGGACAACCUGCUAAUGGAUGCAGAUGGAUUUGUGAAAAUCACAGACUUUGGACUGUGUAAAGAAGGGAUGGGUCACGGAGACAAGACGUCGACUUUCUGUGGGACUCCAGAAUUUCUGGCUCCUGAGGUCCUGACAGACGACAACUACACCCGAGCAGUGGACUGGUGGGGGAUGGGCGUCCUCAUCUACGAGAUGCUUGUGGGAGAGUCUCCGUUCCCUGGUGAGGAUGAGGAGGAGGUGUUUGACAGCAUCGUCAAUGAUGAUGUGCAGUAUCCAGGGUCUCUUCCUCCUGGUGCUGUCGCCAUCAUCCAGAAGCUGUUAAAGAAGAAUCCUCAGAAAAGGCUCGGAGCUGGAGAGAGGGACGCCAACGAGGUCAAAGGAGAGAAAUUCUUUGAGACCAUCGACUGGGAGGCCCUGCUAGCCAAGAAAAUGAAACCGCCGUUCCUGCCGUCGAUCAAAGAGUCAAUGGAUGUGAGCAACUUUGACAGUGAGUUCACUCGACUCCAGCCAAUCCUGUCGCCUCCCUCCAAGCCCUUCAUCCUCUCUGAUGAGCAGCAGGAAGCCUUCGCAGACUUCGACUUUUGCGCCCUGCAUGGAUAAAGGAUGAGAUGAAAGACCAGGGUCGGAAAUAACAUGCAUUUGUUUUGUGGCUUCAGAGGUUAACUUGGCAGGUAACCAACCAUUAUCAUUAACGUUAAACCCCCCUCUGUCAUCUACAAAUGAUUCUAAGAGAAGAAAUUCCUCAUAUUUUGAAUUGGAUAAAACUUUUAAGGUACAAUAAGUACAUCCUGUGUUGUACUAGUUGAUUGAUUAAUUCAUCAGUAGGCAUAAUAUUAAUGAGUGACAGUUUUCAGAAUCGGGUAGCAUUCAUUAACAAUACAAAAUAAUAAUACAACACAUUUGCUGAUUUAAACUGUGAUAAGGAUUAAAGGAAUAGUUCAACAUUUGAGAAAUAAUCUGCUUUCUCUUUGAAAGGUAUAUGUGAGGACUUGCUCUGUUUAUCUGACUCUCAGAAAGGAAGAAAUGUCAUAAAAUGUCAAACUAGUCUAUGAAAAAAAAAAGAAGAGGAAGAAAUUAUUUGUUUGUUGGAGCCCACGAAGUCAAUCACUAGUUCGGGUCAGCUGUCAAACAUGACAUUUUUUAGCAUCAAAUAACUAAUUGGAACCAAACUUUUCAGAAAGUUAUCAGUUAUCAGUUUGGUCCAUAUCCCAUCUGCUCACAUGAAGGGGGGGCUAAUGUUUAUGACAUUACUGUGACCAGCCACCAGGGGGCAGUCAAGAUGUGUGGCUUCACUUUAAAGGUUCUGUCAUGUCAUCCAUCUUAAUACUGUAUACAGGCAGUGGUUAGAGCCCUUUAUUGUUCAAAAACAGAUUACAGGCCAGAAGCCAGAAAAGUGAUCUCCUUUUUGUAUUGAUCAACAACCCUUCAAGCCUCCGCAGAGUGACUGAAUCCUCUGAAGCAGUAAAAGCUCUCAUUGAUCACCCCUGAAAGAAAGUUUCCCACCCUGGUCUCGACAGAACAACACAAUGAAUGAACAGCUUGGAUAGUUCCUGCAGCUCAGUCAUUUUCAAACAGGACACUACGGACGAUCCCAUGGCUGAUUUUGCUGACUGUUCUCAUUCUCAUCCAGUCGACAGCCAGUCGUCGAUCAAACAACCAGGCAGCAACUUAUUGUUUUUUUUGUUUGUUUGUUUUUUAACAGAGCAAAGGAAGUGAUUGUAGCCCUUUCUAUAUUCUCUGUAGAGAGUUGAGCUUUGUUUGACUGUUACAGCAGUAAUACAACUUUACCGUCACCUGCUCCUGCUAUUAGAGUUUAUUUAUAAGAUUUGGUCAGCUGAAAUGUACAAACAGAUGAAACAGAUUUCAUAGGGGAUGCUUGAAGAGUUUAUAACAUUAUUACCUCUUCCUUCCACAUCUUUAUUCCUCUUUUGGAGCUCAAUAGAUUUUCAAUACUCAGAUUACUCUUACUAAUCUGUACAUAGAGUUAAGAAAUAUUCAAGCAGUUAGUCUGUAGUGUUCCUCCGUUUGACAUAAUAAUUUCAGCCACUUUUCCUCUUGCUAGUUGACACAAUCAUGCUUAUUUUGUAUCUGAUGCACCAGUGGUUUAGGCAGCGACUGCCUGGACCGUGAACAUCAGUUAGCUGCCUCAUGUUGCCUCAAAAAUUUAUAAAAUUAUGAGUGUCAGACACGUAAUGCUGACUCACUUUCACUUAUGUAUCAGUGUUAGCUGUCUCAGUUGCUGCCGCAUCAGUCCCAAACAGGGCAUAAUUAUGUCAUGUGGUAAGAGGAAAUGUUUUUACAAAUCACAAGGACGUCAUUUGACGGAGGAAAACCACAACGGCACAAAGAGGAACAUACAGUAGAAUUGUGACAGUGAACCACACCUACCAAAAAGACACUUGAUGGGAAUUUUUUUCAAAAGACACAACAAACAAACAAAAGACUGUUGAGUUAAAAAGAGUAAAAAAUCUUAUAAUUACUUACUGUAUUAGAAUGACCAAAUUAUGAUUCACAGCUGAGCCCUUGUCUUGAAUUGUCUUGUGGAUCCCAGGAAGAUUAGCUUAUGCCUCUGUGGUGGGUAAUAGGCAUCCAAAUAAAUAGGCUGUAAUAAAGUUCAGAUUAGAUAAUAUAUCAGUAUCAGCACAUAUAUCAACCAAAUGAAAACACAUUUUUAUUAGAUUUUUAUUUCAUCAAAUGUUGAUAUAUUUUCACUGUCAUUUUUAUUUAUCUGAUUUCAAAAAGUAAACACCUAUAAAACCAAGAGGUUAAUAUAUAAACACACAGAAGUAAAACGGAAUUUAAAAGAAAAUGUUUGUUUCAAAACCUUUAUUUUAGCUUCGUGAACCAGCUGUCAGGGCUAACUGAAGUAGCUUGAUAGCUCUGCUGAUAUUAAUAUGCUAAUGCUAACUGGCGCUAGUGACAUGCAACGCAACUGAACUAACCCCAAAAUGAUCAAUGUAACUGAAAUAAAAUUUUAUUUUCAAGACUAUGUUGUAUUAAAACAAACAAGUAGCGAGGCGCCGCUAAUACUCAGUCGUAGCCUCUUCAAGCAUCCUGUGUUAGAGACAGAUUCAGCUUGCUUCGUGGCCUUUGCUUAUGAUAUUUAUUUACAAUAUUUACCCCUCAGUGGUACAGUACGUGCUGCCGUUUCUAUGCAUCACUGUGACAGGCUUUGCCCACUGCCUUGACCAAACAAAUGAAAGAAGCUAGCCCAAUUUCUGGUUACAAGCCUUUUUUAAAAGAUGUUAAAUCCAACAUUGAAAUGUUUCAUGUAUUUGUCAGGUCAUUCCCUCGUAGCAAAGAUGAGUGCAUUCAUCAGUCUCCUCCUGACCCACUGUUUUUUUUCUGUUACAACGGUAGAAGUGCAUGGCACCGUGAUGAACUUGUGCACUAGAAAUACUGUAAUUGCUAGCGGUAUAAAAGAAGCCAUAGAGAAUCUAAUAUAGCCAUAAUAGUAAGACAAAUAUAUGUAUUUUGAAUUUAGCAAAUCAUAUUCUGUGAUACUGAGCUCUAAUGAUGUCAGUGCAAUAAAAGAGGAGGAAGAAGAAGAAGAGGGGGCGGCAGGGAAGAAGCUUGAAGGUGCAUGGCUGGAUUUUGUUGAAGUGCACCCAAAAGUCCCAGUAUUUUCUCCCUGCUCAUUUUUGAGCUGAGUUUAAAAACAUCUGCGCAAGGCAAGAGCCUGGUGGACUAUUGGGCAAUUUAUCAAAAUCAGACAAGGGACUUUUAAGAGUAGCUUAACACUAAAUCCACUGUUAAGAUUUAGAAAAGUAUAUGUAUCUUGUAAACAUGCCCAUGGAGUACAAGGUUGAAGUGAAACCCACGUUUGGCCUCCAGACGUUCUUUUUAAGUAGGUGAAGGAGGCGUGUUCAAGCUGUCAUGGGGUGUUAAGUUAGUCUUAAGCAAAUCAAACUACUGUCCUGAAACUGAAAGGUUACAAGUUUCAGUCUCCUGAAGGCCUGAAUGUCCACUGAUGUGUCCCUGUGGUGCUUUGGGUGAGGUUCUCAGCUGAAUAAGUGAAAUGUAACUUGACAGCAAGCCAGUGUUGAUUUAGCUGCUGUAGCACUUUAAGUUUAUGCUGCUGAAUAUUACAUGUUACUUGUGUGUCAGUACUGUAUUUAUUUAUGUAUGUAUGUAUGUAUGUAUGUGAAGCAUCCUGACUAGGAAUGUCAGUCUGUACAGAUGGACUCUAUAAACAAAAUGCAUAUCA